AAAAAAAGGCGGAGUUCGUGAUGAAAAAAAGAUGGGAGUUCGUAACAGGCUUCUAUUUACUAUAGUGAGAAAAAAAUGAGACACUCGAUCCAGCGGUAAAAACUGUCUCCAUUCGACCGUCGAAUUUCGACGGUCGUUACGAAGGUCUGAUUUUUUCUGUUACGAACUUCCGCUUAUUUUUUCUUACGAAGUCCGCCUUGUUAUCGUUACAAACUCUAAUGUAUUUUUUCUCACGAACUCCGGUAAAAAUUUCAAUACUGAAGACGGUGUAAUACGCUUUUACGAACUCCGACUCAAAUUUUAUCACGAAUUCCGGAACUUUCUUUUGGUGUUCAUUACGAACGCCUAAUAGUUUUUUGUCAUGAACUUCGAAUCUGUUUAUAAAGAACUUCAGUUAUUUGAGUAUCUGAUCAGAGUUCGUAACGAGCGUGACGAAACGAUUCGGACUUCAAUAAACGUACUUGAUCUCGAAAAAUGUAUUUUUGAGCACUUAUCAAUUUAUGACUCAAGUGAACCUAGUUUAUUGAUUUUUUGAGCUUUCAGACUUAAGGUAAUAACUGUCAUUUAUCACAAGAUUGAAUGAACUCCACGAUAUUUGAAUAACUUUUGAUAAAUAGAUGAUCAAAGCCUAUGACCAUCGUCAUUUGAUAGUCCGGACGUAGCGUCAUCUUUUCUGCUAGAAAGUUCAAAAAAUUCACCUUCGAAUAUAGCGAAUUUUAAAACGAUUUUGUUUUAACUCUUCCAGAUUUAUAAGAUUUUGUUUUACUUAAUAGAAGCCGAAAAUUUCGAAAAGAAUCUAUGUUUCCUCUCGAAGUUUUCCUCUAUAUAUGUAUUCUAAAAUAUAUUUAAAGAUUGGAGAGUUAAUUAAACUCUAUAAGUUUGUUCGUCACGUACUGCAAACGUAUUGUGUUCGGACCUUGGUGCCCCAGGUUAGAUAAUAACCGUGGAAAAAUUACUUAUGAGUUUAAGUAUCUCGAAUCACCCGUCCAACAGCAUACUCACUACGUUAUGACGUACAAUACAGUUUCUUUAGCUAGUUCCAGAAAGCUGCUACAUGGUUAGUGAGCGUGUAUGGAGAGCUCAGAUAAUUGGAUGCAUGAACUCUGCAUUAAGCAAUCAUCUAUCCAAUGAUCAUAUCAGAAGCCUCAGCUAUAGGGGAGAUAUCGGGCUAUUAAAACUACCAUUCGACAGCACUCUAUACCGGAAACGGUAACAGCAAGUCGGGGUAUUCUUCCGUCUUUCCUUAUUAAACACUCUCUUCUUUUCUUCGAACACUUGCUGAUUGUUCGCGAUGUCUACAGUAAAGAACAUUUGAAUGCAUAUGUGUCGAAGUCGAAAAUCAAAAACAUUCUUUUAAAAUUAAUCACAUUUUAUUCGAGUGUUCAAUUAUAAAAGUUUUAUUUUUUUUAUCAACUUUACAAUUCUCUUUUUUGGAAAUUAAAAUACUUCAGAAUUUUUUCAACUAUUGUUCUUCGACAACUAACAAUAGGAACCACUCAUUCCAUAAGAGAGGUUGAUUAAAAUAGUUGUGGAGCAGCUUUCUUAUAGAAGAAGAAAAAUAUCAAAGAGAUGAACUCGACUAGUUAAAAAUCUAGAUUUAUUAUUGGUCAUGAAAUGCUAAAUUCCACUGAAGAAAAAAAUUUGGUGUUUAAAAGUAUUCGCACUUUUCGGUUUGUGCUUCCCGAACAAAGCUAACGAUAUAAAUGAAAAAAACAAAGGUUAAAAUCACUUUUAUAGUAUAGGGCAACAGAACUGGAAAUUCUGAAAGAAGAUGUAAGAAAUGGUCGUAAACCAAUGCAUGGUGUCAACUUAGGAGGAUGGUUAGUUGCUGAGAAAUGGAUGACAUGGGCUUCGCCUAUAUGGUCCGGUGUUCCAGAUGCCACCGCUAACCAUGGUGAAUAUAAAACAAUGGAAUUUCUUGGCCAUGCUACAGGAGAUGCUCGAUUCCGACAACAUCGUGAUAAUUUCAUAACAGAACAAGAUUUUAGAGAUAUAAAAGCAGCAAAACUCAAUACAGUGCGAAUCCCAGUUGGAUACUGGAUUACUGAGAGAGAUAAUUCUGGGGGUGGUGACCCUAAUGCAUGGAGAAUGUUUGCUCCAGGUGGUAUAAAUUAUCUUGAUCGAGCAAUUCGGGAGUGGGCACCUCGAAAUAAUUUGCUUAUACUGAUCAGUAUGCAUGCAGCUAAGGGAAGUCAAAAUGGAAAUGAUCAUUCAUCGCCAUCAACACCGGGUGUAACGAACUGGUCCAACUAUCCAGAAAAUGUUCGCAACACUCUUGAUGUCGUAGAAUUUCUUGUUCGACGUUAUAACAAUGAUGUGGCAUUCCUUGGAAUUGGUGUUUUGAAUGAACCAACUGGAAAUACGAAUGAAGGUGUGCUGAAACAAUAUUAUUAUGAUGCAUAUGGGCGUAUUCGUCAAUUUUCAGACUGUUUGAUCACUGUUGCUCCUCUUCUGUAUCAGCAAUCUGCCGGUUCCAGUGACUGGGCCAGCUUUAUGCCACCACCACAAUUCACCGGUAUUUUGCACGAAUGGCAUCGAUACCAAAUAUGGGGCUUUGAGGGACAAAGUAAAGAUCAGUUGAUCAGAUUUGCUCAAAAUGAUUUGAAAAAUGAUAUUGCUGCGUGGAGAGGCAAUUGGUUGUUCAUCGGUGAAUGGUCAAUCGCGUGGCCCGGAUCAGCAAAUUUUGACAAUGACGAUGAUUUGAGACGAUAUGCGACAGCACAACUCGAAGCAUUUAAAGGAGCACAUGCUGGAUGGACAUAUUGGACGUGGAAAAUGUACGGUGGAAGUGACUCUGACAGAAAUGCCUGGUCGAUGAAAGCUAUGUUAAAUCGAGGAUUGAUAAGAUUAUAA